AUGAUAUCUCAGGCACAGCAAAAACGCUAGGAAAAUGAAGAAAACGACGACGUUUAGAAUUAGAUUGUUCGAAAACAAAACUCCUCGCUGCUUGUCACCUGUUUCAGCAGCGAGAAAGACCAGAAGAAGCUCCUGUAAAAGGGUGGAGAGUCUCGGUUCUACGGCGGCAUGGGCUCCGCUUCCGGCAGAUUCCUCCUUUCGUUGCUCUUCCUGAGCCUUUUUUUCAAUGCUCUCUCUCAAUCGCUCAUCGAAAUGCUGCCGGAACACCGCCGCUCCGGCCACCGGCUGAUCCUCAGAGACGACAACCUCUUUUGCGACAGCUGGAGAUUCUCCGUCGAGACCAACGAUGCCGGGUUCUGGAAGACAAUUCCCCAGCGGUGCUUGCGAUUCGUUCAGGACUAUAUGACCGACGAGCGGUACCAGUCGGACUUGAAGGUCGUCGCCACCGAUUCUUUGGAGUUUGCAAAGAGUGUGGAACUCGCCGGCGACGGCAAGGACGCGUGGAUCUUCGACAUCGACGAGACGCUGCUCUCGAAUUUGCCCUAUUACGAAGUCCAUGGAUUCGGAUCAGAGACGUUUGAUGAAAGAACUUUUGAUGACUGGAUUGAUUUGGCUGAGGCACCUGCUAUACUGGCAAGUUUGAGUUUGUACAAGGAACUCAAACAGAUGGGCUUUAAGGUAAUUUUGUUAACUGGUCGGAGCGAACCUCAAAGGAAUGUCACAUCAAAAAAUCUUCUAUUUGCUGGCUAUAGUGAUUGGGAAAGGCUUAUCUUGAGGGGACAUUCAGAUCAAGGCACACUGGCCACAGUUUACAAAUCUGCAAAGAGAAAGGAGAUAGAAGAUGAAGGUUAUAGGAUUCAUGGGAGCUCUGGAGAUCAAUGGAGUGAUUUGGUGGGUUGUGCGAUUGCCAGACGGUCCUUUAAACUCCCAAACCCAAUGUAUUAUGUUGCCUGAGGUUAAAAAAAAAAAAAAAAUACUGAGCAGUAUAUAACAUGUUUAUGUUGUUGCAAGUGAUUGGAUGUUUUAGUUCUUGGGCUAUUGUUUGGUUGCCUAUGAACAAAUUUAUUGCUGAUUCAUGUAUUUUCCAUCUUAGAUUGUUAAACUAAUCUCAACCAACAUGGAUUGCAACAUUAGCAAUACCUGCUGUUGGAUGAUGCAGUUUUCUUGGUAGCUAGAUGUACAGCAAGUGUGGUGCUCCAUCCUGAAAAUGUUUAGCUUAUACUUGCUUGAUUCAA